AUGAAGUCGUUCACUCUUUUCAGCGCUGCACUUGCAGCAUGCGCACAAAUCUCCGCCGCCAUUUCAGUUCACGGAGCUGCCGAGGGAUUCGCAAAGGGUGUUACUGGUGGUGGCUCAGCUACUCCAGUCUACCCAAAGACCAAUGCUGAACUCGUUAACUACCUAAAAGAUUCCGCCCCUCGCGUCAUCGUCCUCAACAAGACCUUCAACUUCAGAGGAACUGAGGGUACCACAAGUGCAACUGGAUGUGCUCCGUGGGGAACUGCAGCAAACUGCCAACUUGCCCUUGAAGGAUCGGCUAAGUGGUGUACGAAUUAUCAGCCAAAUGCUCCAAAGGUUAGUGUCAGCUAUGACAACGCUGGUGUCCUCGGUAUGACAGUCACUUCCCACAAGACUUUGAUCGGUGAGGGCUCUGCCGGUGUCAUCCAAGGAAAGGGUCUUCGUAUGGUUUCUGGUGCUAGCAACAUCAUCAUUCAAAACAUCAAGAUCGAAGAGCUCAACCCUAAGUACGUCUGGGGAGGUGACGCAAUCACCAUUAACGAUGCUGAUAUGGUCUGGAUUGACCGCGUCACCACCUACCACAUCGGUCGUCAACACAUUGUUCUUGGUACGCUCGCUUCCAACCGUGUUACUCUCUCCAACAACUACAUCAACGGUGUCUCCGAUUACUCUGCUACCUGCAAUGGAUACCAUUACUGGGGUAUCUACCUUGAUGGUUCCAACGAUAUGGUCACCAUGAAGGGUAACUACAUUUACCACACCUCUGGACGUUCUCCCAAGGUUCAAGGAAACACCCUCCUCCACGCCGUUAACAACUACUGGUACGACAACGGUGGACACGCAUUCGAGAUCGGUACCGGCGCCUACGUUAUUGCUGAGGGUAAUGUCUUCCAAAACAUCCCAACCGUUGCCGAGUCUCCAAUCUCUGGUCAACUCUUCACUGCCCCCUCCACCAGCGCCAACGCCGCCUGCAAAAACUACCUCGGACACAACUGCGAGGUGAACGGUUUCGGUUCUUCAGGUACUUUCACCUCUUCCACUACCGGUUUCUUCUCCGAUUUCUCCGGAAAGAACGUGGCUUCUGCAGCUGCCUACUCUACUGUCGUUUCCAGCGUUACCGCCAACGCUGGUUUCGGAAAGAUUUAA